UAACUUGUCUCAAAUCCACCAUUUUCCCUUUGUAACUAACCGGUGUUCAAAACACGUGCGUACGAUCAAGUUACAUGGAAAACUUGUGUGAUCUCCGUGCAUAUUGAAUAAAUACUUACGCUAAAAAGUGCGCCGUGUUUCGAUAAACGCGCGUCGUGUAUUAAAACAACAUAAUGAACACCGAAAAGCUAAAGAAGUUGCAGUCACAGGUGCGCAUCGGCGGUAAGGGCACUCCGAGACGCAAGAAAAAGGUUGUUCAUGUUACCGCGGCGACAGAUGACAAGAAAUUGCAAUCAUCGCUCAAAAAAUUGUCAGUGAACACUAUCCCUGGCAUCGAGGAGGUGAAUAUGAUAAAAGAUGACGGAACAGUGAUACACUUCAACAACCCGAAAGCGCAGGCAUCCCUCGCGGCCAACACUUUCGCUAUCACUGGUCAUGGAGAGAACAAGCAGAUCGCCGAGAUGCUCCCCGGCAUCCUCAGUCAGCUCGGCCCCGAAGGUUUGAACCAGCUGAAGAGGUUGGCGUCAAGCGUCGCCGCGCCUAAACCACUCGACGAGGACGAUGAGGUCCCUAACCUAGUCGGCAACUUCGACGACGCAUCGAAGCAGGAGGCCAAGGAAGUCAUCACGAACGAGAAAGAAAAAGAGAAGGAGAAGGAAAAGGAAAAGAAACCCGAAUCAGAAACCAAAGCUGCAGAUAAAAAAACCGAUUAAACUUAGUCGGCCACAACGGUGUAGUUUUUAAUUUUGCUCACCCAGAGAAAAGGGUUUCCAAAGCCACAGAGGCGUCUCAAAUAGUUCUCAUUUUAUUUUACAUUGUGUUCCUAAAUAAAUGUAUUUUGAAUUUAUCAUUUUCUACAUUUAUUUGUAUGUGUAAAUUGUGAAUGUGUUUUGUUGGUACAGGGACACUUUUUUUUUAAUUUUUAUACUUCAUAAUGUGACUUUGGAAACCUCUCAAACAUCCUGAAUUAAAACUGCUUAACUCUUAUGCCAUGCACUAAUUCAUUAUUUUUAGUUUAUAUGUAACAUACAGCAUAAUGGGAUAUGAUACAUGUCGAUUCUCUUUUAUAAUAGGACCUAGUUAAGUGUUGUAAUGACCCUAUUGUUGAGACUUUGGCGAUAUAGGUAACUUCAAUAUAUUGAAAAAAAUAUAAAUAUACAUUAUUUUUGACAGUGCACCAUGAAAUCAUAGAGUAUAUGAUUAUAUGUAUAGUAAAGAGGUGUUGUACGCCUUAGAAUAUUUUUAAAUAUUUUCUAAAGUUGUUGAUUCAUGUCCGGAGUUAAGAUUUGCUUUCUUAAAAAAUAGUUAUAAACAAAAUAUUAGUCACAGGUAGCUCUAUAGGUUAUUGAGCUAACAUUGUAUAAAUAAAAUGAAUAAAAAUUGCAAAAAUUGUAAAUGAUUAGAGUUUUGGUAUGUGGAAAUAACAUUAAAACUUUGAUCGAAGUAAA